AUGAGGACUAAGGCAGAUGAUGAGGGUAGAGCUGUAUCUCCGACACUGGCCUCCUGCUCUUCUUCCCCUGGCCUCCUGCUCUUCUUCCCCUGGCCUCCUGCUCUUCUUCCCCUGGCCUCCUGCUCUUCUUCCCCUGGCCUCCUGCUCUUCUUCCCCUGGCCUCCUGCUCUUCUUCCCCUGGCCUCCUGCUCUUCUUCCCCUGGCCUCCUGCUCUUCUUCCCCUGGCCUCCUGCUCUUCUUCCCCUGGCCUCCUGCUCUUCUUCCCCUGGCCUCCUGCUCUUCUUCCCCUGGCCUCCUGCUCUUCUUCCCCUGGCCUCCUGCUCUUCUUCCCCUGGCCUCCUGCUCUUCUUCCCCUGGCCUCCUGCUCUUCUUCCCCUGGCCUCCUGCUCUUCUUCCCCUGGCCUCCUGCUCUUCUUCCCCUGGCCUCCUGCUCUUCUUCCCCUGGCCUCCUGCUCUUCUUCCCCUGGCCUCCUGCUCUUCUUCCCCUGGCCUCCUGCUCUUCUUCCCCUGGCCUCCUGCUCUUCUUCCCCUGGCCUCCUGCUCUUCUUCCCCUGGCCUCCUGCUCUUCUUCCCCUGGCCUCCUGCUCUUCUUCCCCUGGCCUCCUGCUCUUCUUCCCCUGGCCUCCUGCUCUUCUUCCCCUGGCCUCCUGCUCUUCUUCCCCUGGCCUCCUGCUCUUCUUCCCCUGGCCUCCUGCUCUUCUUCCCCUGGCCUCCUGCUCUUCUUCCCCUGGCCUCCUGCUCUUCUUCCCCUGGCCUCCUGCUCUUCUUCCCCUGGCCUCCUGCUCUUCUUCCCCUGGCGUCCUGCUCUUCUUCCCCGCCUCCUGCUCUUCUUCCCCGCCUCCUGCUCUUCUUCCCCGCCUCCUGCUCUUCUUCCCCGCCUCCUGCUCUUCUUCCCCGCCUCCUGCUCUUCUUCCCCGCCUGCGGCUCUUCUUCCCCUGGCCUCCUGCUCUUCUUCCCCUGGCCUCCUGCCCUGCAGAGUUCAGAAGCUGGUGCCGGCAUUGCUGGUUGGUUGGAGCAGGCACCGGGAUUCACUGUCUGCAGCAUCUGGUGCAGGCGCUGGUGAUCGGAGCAAGCGCGGGAGUGAAAGAUAUUCACUGCCUACAGCACUUGGUGCAGGCGCUGGUGAUCGGGGCAAGCGCGGGAGUGAAAGGGGGUUUUUUCGGUCCAGAGAAGAGCAAGCAGGGGGGCAAGGAGGAGGGGGGGAAGAGUCGCAGCAAGGGCAGAGACAGGGAGGUGUCAGCCAGUGAAAUCAAGGAGUUGGAUAACUUCUUGCAGCGCCUGCUCUUCUUCCCACACUUGCUUGAUUACCCAAGUACGCGUCUCAAGAGGGACAGGGAGGUAUCAGCGAGUGAGAUCAAGGAGCUGGAUAACUUCCUGCAGCGCCUGCUCUUCUUCCCGCACCUACUCGACUACCCCAGUACGUUGGCUGGUUGUGGUGUGGGUCACAUCAGUGGUGUGGGUCACAUCAGUGGUGUGGGUCACAUCAGUGGUGUGGGUCACAUCAGUGGUGUGGGUCACAUCAGUGGUGUGGAGAAAGACGCGUCCUUCGUCUAG